GGAGACCUGGUCCCGUGAAGGUCUCGAUUGACUGAUCAAACGGCUCAUCUGUAAAAAGCUUAAACAAAAUUUGUAUUCUUCUAGUACUACAUCGAUCAGUCUGCUUUUCCAUUGAUUUAGUAAAUGGCAAGUGAAAGUGACUGUGCCGCGAAAGACCUCCGCCAUUUGAGUUUGGAAUCUGUCGACGAAGCGAACAUACGAAAGAGGAAGAGGGAUUCUUGCUCCAGAGGAGCUUCUAGCAAGCGGACGAGAGCGGCACUGCAAGAGAAGACAACCCAGAUGUCUGUGCAACCAUUUUGCAGCACUGAGGGAAGCAUUAGUGGAUUCUCAAGGAUUGAAACAAGAAGUCAACGACAAUCAAAGGCAUUAAAGGAACACACAGCAAGCAACGCUCUCCCUGAGUUUGGGAAAUCUAGUAGUUUUACUUUCAGCAAUUACUUUAUACCAGUUGUCAAAAGUGUGAUGCCUCUUCCUGAGCUUGACUGGGCAGAUCCCAAAGAAGUGUGGGCAAAAAUGCUUGAGAAAGAGAGGAAGUAUUCAAGAGACCCUCUAUAUUUUAGAAAACAUUCAUUUAUUCAGCCAAGGAUGCGGGCAAUUCUAUUGGAUUGGCUAACAGAGGUUUGUGAAGUUUAUAGACUGCACAGGGAAACAUAUUAUUUGGCAGUAGACUUUGUUGAUAGAUACCUGUCAGUUAAACAUGACAUUGCCAAGCAAAGACUACAACUUGUUGGAACAACGGCAUUGUUUAUUGCUGCUAAGUUGGAGGAAAUUUACCCUCCCAAAAUAAGUGAAUUUGCAUAUGUCACUGAUGGUGCCUGUACAGAAAAUGAGAUCCUACAUGAAGAACUGCUCAUGUUAAAGGGGUUGUGUUGGAAUUUAACACCAAUCACUGUCAAUUCAUGGUUAAAUAUCUAUUUACAGUUGUCUUGUGUAACAAGUAAAAACGGUAAAACAUCAAACUUCAGCAUCCCUAACUACUCACAACCAAGAUUUGUUGAAGUUGCACAACUUUUAGAUCUGUGCAUCCUGGAUGUGGGUUCUCUGCAGUUCUCCUACAGUAUUCUAGCUGCGUCAGCUCUUUACCACAUGCUUCCAGUUAAUGUUGAACAAGUUACAGGACAUUCACGGGAGGAACUUCACCCAUGUAUUCAGUGGAUGACAUCUUUUGCCCACAUCAUAAUGGAAAAAGGAGCAGCAACCAUCAGAAGUUUUGAGCAAGUUCAACGUGAAGAUGCUCACAACAUCCAAACUCAUGCAGUAGACAUAGCAUCACUUGAUAAAGCUUUAGCUCUUCAAAGCACUCUUGGUAAAGAAACAGCAGAAAACAGGUCAAGAUCUCCAAACAUCGAAUCAUUUAAACCACUUACCCCACCAAGCAGCACGAAAAAACCUGCCUUAGACUCUGUCAUAAUGAUAGAAUGAAACAAAUUAGGUCCACGUUAAACUUUAUUCAUGCUCUGUUUCAUCUUAAGAAUACUUUAUUAGGGGGUUUUCACAAUUUGAGCCCAACAUUAUGGCACUCUCCUCAUGGUGUUAACUCUAUCACCCCAAGGAGCCAUCAAAAUUGAAUUCAACACCAAUCAGGCAACAUUGCUUUAUUUAACACAGAAAGACUCUGAUCUAAAAUUAUAAGAAGUGUACUGCAAACAGUGUGAACAAUUAAUAUUUUGCUCCCGGGAAUGGAAGUGUUAACCAUCAGCUAAUUUAUUUAAAUGAGACAUUGGUCACAGAAAAAUCUUGGGAUAGAGAAGGAUGUUCACCAAAAUGAUAUUAGCAAUGCAAUCUCUACAAAUAGUACUUUUAACUCAGGAUUCUUGGAGUAUAGAGUUCUAUCCAUUUUGCAUUUUGAUCUCAGUUAGUGGAACCUCCCAGAUGUUUAAUGAUCAAGUCUCCUGCUGUGUGUUUUUACCCUUAAUUAAUAUUCUUACUCUUUUUAAUUUGUGUGUAUGUUGAUAGAAACCUUCAAAAGUAACAAAUGUUAAGUUACACCAAUAGUUGGCAAGUGUGUACCUGCAACUUAAGUCUUUUUUUACAUUUUAUUAUUAGAACUAAACCAUAUUUUGUAUAGUCUAAGAGUAUUUUUUAAAUUUUAAAGAAGGAUUUUUUUUUAAUGAUUCUGAAGGGCUGUCCACAAUUUUUUUUCCUUCUUUUAAGUAAAGUAAUUUGCAUGACAGAUCUGUUUUAAAGUGACAAACAUAGUAGUAAAAGUAGCUUUAAAUAGGCAGGGGUCAAAAUAAGCUGCUACUUACCUGAAAAAGUUUGACUCCAGCAACAUUUUUUUGAUGCUAUAACUUCUAGAGGGGAUUAACAUAACAUCAUAGUUAUCCAGGAAAGAGGUGAGGAGGAUAAUCAAACUCACCUUGAUAAAACAGUUAAUUUACCAAAUGGUUAUUAGAUCUUGGUAGUUAAUGGAUGAAUUACUAAAUGAAAAAAGUUUUAGGAGGCAAGUUUUUUUUAUGGUGUCAUUGACUAAAAAACAACUAGUUUUGUUUUUCUUCCUGUUUAUAAAAUUUUUGUUGAAGAGGAUGAAGACUUAAUUAAGUGAAUAUUUUAAGUAUAUUAUUUGGAGUUCUGGUUGUGCUGGAGUCAGUGACUGCAUUGUAAAACUUGUUUUAACAUAAACAACAUUUUAGUGUAAGUAUCAUGACUGGACAGGAUUUUUUUAUUAUUUUCAAGGUUUUUCAGAAGUGUUUGUAUUAUAGCAGGUAUUUGCAUUUUGCAUCAAAUUUCUACAACUUUUAAACUUUCUCUGUUGAAAGAGGGGCAGAGUAGGGUGUGAAUUGCCUAGACGUACCACACUAUCAAUCAUUUCACAGUAAUUUACUGUGACUUGUGUACAUAACCACAUAGAGCAUGUUGAAGCUUACAGAGUGUAAUUAUUUAGGUAGGCUGUUGAAAUUUUUAAAAAAAUUAUUCCACUGAGAACAUUAAGGAACAAAAAAAAUUGUAUAUUUGUAUGCAGACUCAUGAUAAUUUUCAAGUUGGUAUGAGAGAACUCAUUAAAGUUUGUCAGCUA